AGAGGAGAGGGGUGGGGAGGAAAUAGCUCGAGGAUCUGCAUCCUGCUUGCGCUAGCGGCGGCUGAGCGGCGGGCAGAGAGGGGGCGGCGGCAGAGAAGAAAGUGACAGAGCCGGUUCGGCUUUAGAGCGUUGUGAAGGGUACUUUUCAUGGUGCAUGGAAGGAAAGCCAAUGCGCAGGUGUACCAACAUUCGACCAGGAGAAACUGGAAUGGAUGUAACAAGCCGCUGCACCCUUGGAGACCCCAAUAAACUGCCAGAAGGGGUUCCCCAACCCGCUCGCAUGCCCUAUAUCUCAGACAAGCACCCUCGACAGACCUUGGAAGUGAUUAACCUUCUGAGAAAGCACCGGGAGCUCUGCGAUGUGGUGCUAGUUGUGGGCGCUAAGAAGAUAUAUGCCCAUCGAGUCAUUUUGUCAGCCUGUAGUCCCUAUUUCCGAGCUAUGUUUACUGGAGAAUUGGCAGAAAGCCGUCAGACAGAAGUAGUGAUUCGAGACAUAGAUGAGAGGGCUAUGGAACUACUGAUUGACUUUGCAUAUACCUCCCAGAUAACUGUGGAAGAGGGCAAUGUUCAGACCCUUCUGCCAGCUGCUUGCCUCCUUCAGCUGGCAGAAAUACAGGAAGCUUGCUGUGAAUUCUUAAAGAGACAAUUAGAUCCUUCUAAUUGCCUGGGCAUUCGGGCUUUUGCUGACACACAUUCAUGUCGUGAGUUGCUAAGGAUAGCAGACAAGUUUACUCAACAUAACUUUCAAGAGGUGAUGGAAAGUGAAGAGUUCAUGUUGCUUCCAGCCAAUCAGCUCAUUGAUAUAAUAUCCAGUGAUGAACUAAAUGUUCGCAGUGAAGAACAGGUGUUCAACGCGGUGAUGGCCUGGGUCAAAUAUAGUAUUCAAGAAAGACGUCCUCAGUUACCCCAGGUGCUGCAGCACGUUCGUCUGCCUUUGCUUAGUCCCAAGUUCCUGGUGGGCACCGUAGGCUCUGAUCCCCUCAUCAAAAGUGAUGAAGAAUGCAGAGACUUGGUAGAUGAAGCUAAAAACUAUCUCCUAUUGCCUCAAGAACGACCACUAAUGCAAGGACCAAGGACAAGACCACGGAAACCUAUUCGAUGUGGAGAAGUACUCUUUGCAGUCGGUGGCUGGUGCAGUGGAGAUGCCAUUUCUAGUGUUGAAAGAUAUGAUCCACAGACCAACGAAUGGCGAAUGGUAGCUUCAAUGAGCAAAAGGCGAUGUGGAGUUGGGGUCAGUGUUCUUGAUGACCUGCUUUAUGCAGUAGGAGGCCAUGAUGGAUCUUCUUAUCUCAAUAGUGUUGAAAGGUAUGACCCCAAAACCAACCAAUGGAGUAGUGAUGUGGCUCCUACAAGUACCUGCAGGACAAGUGUUGGUGUGGCAGUGCUCGGAGGCUUUCUCUAUGCUGUGGGUGGCCAGGAUGGCGUGUCCUGCCUCAACAUUGUGGAGAGGUAUGAUCCAAAGGAAAACAAAUGGACGCGAGUGGCUUCUAUGAGCACCAGAAGACUCGGCGUGGCCGUGGCUGUGUUAGGAGGGUUCUUAUACGCUGUGGGUGGCUCUGAUGGGACAUCUCCACUCAACACAGUAGAGCGCUACAAUCCUCAGGAAAACAGAUGGCACACCAUAGCUCCUAUGGGGACGCGGAGGAAACACCUAGGCUGUGCUGUGUAUCAGGACAUGAUCUAUGCCGUAGGAGGUAGAGAUGACACUACAGAGCUUAGCAGCGCGGAGAGAUACAACCCCAGAACUAACCAGUGGUCUCCGGUGGUGGCUAUGACAUCCCGCCGUAGCGGAGUUGGCCUGGCCGUAGUGAAUGGACAGCUCAUGGCUGUAGGCGGCUUCGAUGGCACCACAUACUUGAAGACCAUUGAAGUGUUUGAUCCUGAUGCCAAUACAUGGAGGUUAUAUGGCGGGAUGAAUUACCGUCGGCUGGGGGGUGGUGUAGGAGUUAUUAAAAUGACACAUUGUGAAUCCCAUAUAUGGUGAACAUCUAGAAGACAGUCAUGUACAUGCUUCUCUGUAUUCUGGAGAGCUUUGACUUUUGACUUUGGAGCUUUGUAUAGCUCAAGAAAACAUUAGAACAAAUUUUAUUCGUUGCCGGUGCCUCAACAUAUGGAAAUACAAAUACAAUGAAAGUACUUCAACUGCAAGAUGCCAUCUUUGCACAAAAAUUCUCAACUCUGUGCAGAAUAUUUAUUUUUGGUUUUAAUUUAUCAUGGGUUUUUUGUUGUUGGGUUUUUUGUCAUUGUUUCGUUUUGUUUUGCUUUGGGUUUAGCCUUCCUCCCACUAAAAAAGGACAAAAAAAAAAAAAAAGGAAAAGAAAAAAUUCCAAGGAGCAAGGUUUAUUUUUAAGAUAUUAAGUCUGAAAAUACUAAUUAAGGGAGAAGGGCUCUACAUGAUCUGGUUAUUUUCAGGCACUCCAUCCACACGACUCCGCAACUUUCAAGGACUACCAGUGAUAAAGAUAGGUAUGCCAAGGGCAUUGUUUAGCCAUCAUGCUUACACUAAGCACCAGAAGACUUGAAAAUCUACAAAAAAAAAAAAAAAAAAAAAAGAAGAAGAAGAAGAAAGAAA